GUUUAGCGCCGAACAAUGCCACUGGGCUCCAGGCCAAGUUGAUGGAGCUCUCCACGCCCGGGAACGCAAAUUUCAGGCAGUGGCUAACCAAGGAAGAGGUGAAGUCAUACAUGGAGCCUUCGGCAGCGACGGUGUCUGCUUUCAACACAUUUGCUGCGUCAAAUGGCUUGAAGACGACUGGGACCUCCCCCAACGGCGACUGGGUGUCCGUGACUCUCCCUGUCUCACAGGCCAACGAACUGUUCAACGCCAGCUUCGAGCUGUUCACGCACCCUGACCUGGACGUCAAGAUUCCGCGCACGAUGACUGUCUCCCUGCCGAGCGAUAUCGUCGGUGUGGUCGAUGUGAUACACCCUUCGACCUCGUUUGUCAAGCCCGUGGCUCGAUUGGCCCGGGCGCCCAUGAAAAUCGGUGUUCCGAAAGAGAAGCGCGCUAUCUCGGCCUCGUGUAAUACUAAUCUCGCGAGCAAUUUCAUGAACCCAGCGUGUCUGCAGGAGAUCUAUCAGCUCCCGACGACGGCUGCAACCGCAAAAAACAAUUCGUUGCUAGUCACCGGUUAUGCUGACCAGUAUGCCGAGAUCUCUGACUUGAGGACAUUUUUAGCAAAGUUCCGACCGGAUGUUGCCACCGGGUCAAACGCGACAUUCGCGCUUGAGACAGUUGAUGGAGGCGAGAACAUUCAAGACCCGAACUUGGCUGGGGGCGAAUCGAAUUUAGAUAUCCAAUACACUGUUGGACUGGCUACCGGAGUUCCUGCCACGUUUUUGUCCGUUGGAGGCACCGAUUUCGCGACCAUGUUAAUUGACACGACAACCUUUCUCGAUGGUGUGAGCAACCCGCCGUGGGUGAUGACCACAUCGUACGGAGUUGCCGAGUCGACUUUCAGCAAAUCCGUAGCAAUCCGAAUCUGUAACGGUUUCAUGGCGCUAGGAGCCCGAGGAAUCUCCGUUGUCUUUGCCGCUGGAGAUGGGGGUGUUCGGGGUGCUCAUGACUCGAAGAAAGAGUGCAAAAACAAUACAUUCACGGCAGAGUUUCCCGCGGCGUGCCCGUUCCUGACGUCCGUCGGCUCAACGAUCGGGCUCCCCGAAACGGCGGCCAACUUCACGAGUGGAGGGUUCUCGGAUGUAUUUCAGUCGCCAGCGUAUCAGACAACCCAGGUCGCGUCUUUCCUCAAGACCGUUCCGUCCGAUUUCAAGGGCAUCUUCAACCGCACGGGGCGUGGCUUCCCUGACGUGGCCGUCCAAGGCUAUAACUUCGAGCUCAUCAUCAGUGGCGCACUGGAGUCGAUCAGCGGGAGCAGCGCCUCGUCGCCCACGUUUGCCGCGAUCGUCGCGCUUGUCAACGACCGGCUGUUGGCCGCUGGGAAGCCCGUUCUCGGAUUUCUCAAUCCGUUCCUGUAUGCCAACCCACAGAUGUUCACUGACAUCGACACCGGGCGCAACACGGGCGAUGUCUGUCCUCCCUCCUCGGUCGCGUUUGAAGCCACAAAGGGCUGGGAUCCGUUGACUGGCAUGGGCACACCCAUCUUCCCCAAACUUCUAGCGGCUGCGAUGGGAUGAAGAAUCCCCUCCGCAAUAUGGUCUGGGAGCCAAUAGACUACGACCUCGAACACAGCCUGUUCAUAAUCCAUACACGAACAUGCUAAAUGUGUCACACCACAUCUUACACUGUCUUGGCUAGGGAUCCAUGACCAAACUCCGUCGACGCGCAAUCGGGUUCUGUGGCCUGAGAAUCCCUCGUAGCUUUCGAGUGGGAUUGCGGCCUCCACGAGCCUUGUGAGUUGAGAUUGACACUGAGCGAGACCGCGUGGGCGGAUGUGUCUUCGCGGUGAAGCGAGAGUCGAGCGCGCGAAUUGAGGAUCUUACAAAGACGUCAACAUGUGCCGAAGAGCCGAAGGCGAACCGAGCACUCACAAGCAGAAUGCUGUUGGAAUACACCUUCGACAGGCCCAUGCACACACCUAGAUGAAAGCUCUCCCCAGGAAAGGAGAUGAAGAGACUCAGAUCGAUUAACGCCAAUCCCGCACAGAUAAACCCCAUAAGCGCAGUAACCUUGAUGACACGUCCAAGCAUGUGCUCCGUCGCUUGUGUGAAGCCCGGUGUGCGCGCUUUCAGGAGAUAGUAGCAGGUCCCGGCAACGAUGAUGAUAUCGUUCACGGCUGUCGAGGCCAGCCACGCGACCGGAACUUUGAAGAAGUUGAACUGCAGGUUGGAGAACCUCCCGCGUUGGCUGAUUUGCACACCAGUCCCGAUGCCGGCACCGCAUUGGACGACGGCGAGCUGUUCUCGAUGCGUGAGGAGCGACGUCAGAGGCAGGGAAGGCAUAGAGACCGACCAAGGCGAUGAGACCCGGUAGCAG